AUGGCGGAAGCCCAGGAAGGAUCGGCCAAUCCUUUGGUCGAUGCUGCUCUACCAGCACCGUCCAUUGCCACUCGUUUGACGGAUCAAGAUUACAAUUCGAAUGCUCUAUCGUACGAUGAGAUCGAAUGGGCACAUGCCAUCAAGCAAGCCGUCGAAGAAGACGAGGACCUGCAAGAGCUGACAGACUUUGAGUAUGCCCACUACGCCAUCUUUACCCACGGAGACACCGACAACGCGGUGGAUCGCAUUCGUAACAUGCAAGAGUUUCGAGCAGAAUACAAAAUAUCAAAUACCGCAGAAGAAGGCAUCGAUCUGCUGCAAGAGAUGAUGACCAAGCAGCAACCCUGGCUCGUACUGGAUAUGGACUAUUCAACAGAGAGGGAGCACUUCACCCUCGUUUUGGAUUACAGUCGUUUGCAACCAUCCAAGGUGAAGACGCCAGAGGAUUGGAGAAUCAUGGUGGGAGGGCAAUACUAUCUGCACCAAAUCAUACAUGCCACCAUCCCUUCCAUCCAAAAGGGGAUGGUCCGAAUAUGUGAUGUGGAAGGAUUCGAAUGGAAGAACUUCAGCGUGGACUUUAUAUGUACUUGCUACCAUCAUCUAUUCAAGCAUUAUCCAAUCAAGCACCAAGAGUUGACUUGGAUGCACUCCUCCUCUAUUGCCAACCUGUUACACUCGCUCUUCAAAUCCAUGGACAGAGAUUUCGCGACAUCAAUCCGCUUGGGAUGCCAAAUCGACUGCUGUAAUGGAAAGCUGGAAACCAUAUUCCUGACUCCAACACCAGAAGUGGCAGAAGCGCGCCUCUUGAAGAAAUGUUGCACAUUCAUGGCGGCACGAUACUACAAUCAGAACGUAUUUCGCUUGCCCGAACGUGAUGCCACGGAGACAACAGAUGCUGAGGAAUGA